UAAUAAAUAAAUACGACAAAGCUUAAAAUUUACCUUUACAAAAAGUUACCAACUGUUUCAAAUAAUUAAAAAAAAAUAAUUAAUUAAUAAAUAAUUAAAUUUUUAUUAAUAAUAAAAGAAUAAGGUUUUAAAAAAAGAAUGGAAGACGAAAUUAAGCGUAUGUGUAAGAGCUUGGUGGAAUGGUUCAAAGUUUUAAAUAUACCAGCUCCCCAUUCCACUGUAGAAGAGUUAAGUGAUGGUGUUGCUUUUGCUCAAGUUUUGAAUCAGAUUGCACGAGAAACUUUUACAGACUCAUGGCUAUCAAAAAUGGUAACUGGAUCUAAUUGGAGAUUAAAAAUGAGCAAUUUAAAAAAAGUUAUUGAAGGACUUUACGAUUAUUAUUCUGAAAUUUUAAACUUAAAUUUAAACAAUUUUUCAAAACCUGAUGCAAUGAAAAUUGCGGAAAAAUGUGACAUCAUUGAAACUGGAAGAUUAUUGCAACUAAUAUUGGGUUGUGCUGUUAAUUGUUCCGAAAGGCAAACUUAUAUUACACAAAUAAUGGAAUUAGAAGAAUCCCUGCAGCAAACAAUAAUGAAAGCUCUACAAGACUUAGAAUCAAUUUGGGAAGGAUCGUCGGAUAUAUCGCUUAUUGGAAAUUUUGAAACAAGUGAUGUGAAAAUAAUUCAAGAAAGGGACUUGUAUGCACAAAAGUGUUAUGAAAUGGAAAAACAAAUUCAAAGACUUCUAGAUGAAAAACUCAAUAUGCAAAACGAAAUAACUAGAUUACAAACUGAAAUUGAAAAAGUAGAGAAUUCAACUGUAAUAGGUCCUGAAGGAGAUUCAAUUGGAGUAAUUCGCGAAGGCUCUGACCGUUUUAAUGAGCUAAGAAAAAAUGUUGAAAAAUUGAAAGAAGAACUUUUACAGUCAGAAACAGUCAGAGAAGAUAUAAAAAUUAAAUCAAAACAACAAGAACAAGAAAUUAAAACUCUUAAACAAAAACUUGAAGAUGCAAUUCAUAAUAAUACAGAACUUUCGCGAAUCAAAGAUGAAUUGGACAUCCUGCGGGAAACUAAUGAAAAACUCAAAGAGUGCGAAAUUCAAAAUACAAUCUACAAAAAAAAACUUGAAGAUCAUAAUGAUCUGAAAAAACAAGUGAAACUUCUGGAAGAGAGAAAUGCUGAAUAUGUCCAACAAAUUGCACAGUGUGAGGAAGAUUCAAAAAAACUAAUAAGUAUGAAAGCUCAAAUUGAACUAUAUAAGAAGGAGAUUCAAGAACUUCACGCAAAAAUUGAUGCUGAAAUGAGUAAAAAUGUUCAAUUAGAAUUUGGAAACAAAAACUUAGAAACCUCUAUAGCUGCACUUCAAAGAGCUAACGAAACUCUAACAGCUGAAAGAGAUACUUUAAGAGAAAGUAUUGACGAAUUGAGGCUUAAUGGCACCCCAGCUUUUGUAUCUGGGAACAGUGUAUCAAAAGAAAUAAAAAAUUCAGAAUUAAAACAAAAAAUUGAAUCACUAGAAGCUGAAAAUAAAGCUUUACGUGAAGGCCAGGGAGGACAAACAGCAUUAGCUCAACUUUUCGAUGACGCUAAUAAAAGAAACGACAAUCUUAGAGAACAGUUAAAAAACGCUAACGAACGAAUUUUAAUUCUUACUCAGAGUGAUAAACAAAAAGAUAAAGUUCGAACACCUGACGACAAUUUGAAUCUUCAGGCUGAAAUUAAUCAAUUAAAACAAGUAGUUUUAACUAAAGAUCAAGAAAUUUUAGCUUAUGAGACACGAUAUCGUAAGUGUGUAGAAAAAGCCAAAGAAAUUAUUAAAAACAUUGACCCACACAUUUCUAAUGCCCUAGAAACAAACUUUGAAAAGCCGGAUGAGGAAAAACCGCGGAUGAGCGAAAUGGAAGAAAAAUUGAUUGCUUCAGCAUUCUACAGGUUCGGUGUUAACGCACAAGCAGAAGCUUUGGAAGCUAAAUUAGCGAAGCUAAUGGGACAAGGUUAUAGUUUUUUAGCCAGACAUAGGCAACUCACACCAAGAAAAUCAAAUCAAAUUUAGUUUUUUUGUUUUGUAUAUAGUAUAUUCAGUAUGUACCUAGAUAUCUUAUAAAACAUUUUAAUAGAUAAAUUUGCAAUUUUCAAUUUCCAUUAGUU